AUGCUCAUGAAGAUGCUAGCAUUAAAUGACUCUGACAAACAAACUUGUAUCAACCCUCAAUGUGCCUGUACAAACCCAACUGGUAUCAACUAUCGAUGUGACUGUACCAACCCAACUUGUAUCAACCCUCGAUGUGACUGUACCAACCCAACUUGUAUCAACCCUCGAUGUGACUGUACCAACCCAACUUGUAUCAACCCUCGAUGUGACUGUACCAACCCAACUUGUAUCCACACUCGAUGUGACUGUACAAACCCAACUGGUAUCAACCCUCGAUGUGACUGUACCAACCCAACUGGAAUCAACCCUCGAUGUGCCUGUACCAACCCAACUGGUAUCAACCCUCGAUGUGCCUGUACUAACCCAACUGGUAUCGACACUCGAUGUGCCUGUACUAACCCAACUUUUAUCGACCCUCGAUGUGACUGUACCAACCCAACUUGUAUCGACCCUCGAUGUGACUGUACCAACCCAACUUGUAUCGACCCUCGAUGUGACUGUACCAACCCAACUUGUAUCGACCCUCAAUGUGACUGUACCAACCCAACUUGUAUCGACCCUCGAUGUGACUGUACCAACCCAACUUGUAUCGACCCUCGAUGUGACUGUACCAACCCAACUGGUAUCGACCCUCGAUGUGACUGUACCAACCCAACUGGUAUCAACCCUCGAUGUGACUGUACCAACCCAACUGGUACCAACCCUCGAUGUGACUGUACCAACCCAACUGGUAUCAACCCUCGCUGCGACUGUAACAACCCAACUGGUAUCAACCCUCGAUGUGACUGUACCAACCCAACUGGUAUUAACCCUCGAUGUGACUGUACCAACCCAACUGGUAUCAACCCUCGAUGUGACUGUACCAACCCAACUGGUAUCAACCCUCAAUGUGACUGUUCCAACCCAACUGGUAUCAACCCUCGAUGUGACUGUACCAACCCAACUGGUAUCAACCCUCGAUGUGACUGUACCCACCCAACUGGUAUCAACCCUCGAUGUGACUGUACCAACCCAACUGGUAUCAACCCUCGAUGUGACUGUACCAACCCAACUGGUAUCAACCCUCGAUGUGACUGUUCCAACCGAACUGGUAUCAACCCUCGAUGUGACUGUACCAACCCAACUGGUAUCAACCCUCGAUGUGACUGUACCCACCCAACUGGUAUCGACCCUCGAUGUGACUGUACAAACCCAACUGGUAUCAACCCUCGAUGUGACUGUACCCACCCAACUGGUAUCAACCCUCGAUGUGACUGUACCAACCCAACUGGUAUCAACCCUCGAUUUGACUGUACCAACCCAACUGGUAUCAACCCUCGAUGUGAUUGUACCAACCCAACUUGUAUCAACCCUCGAUGUGAUUGUACCAAUCCAAGUUGA